AGAUCGUCAUGUCAGCCGGAAACAUCAGCUUUGUUAAGGAUUUUUUCAUUGUUGGUUUUCCUGGGCUUCAAACAGAAUACUAUGGCACGGUAGCUGCUCUGCUAUUUUUUGUCUAUGUGUGUAUCUUAGUGGGGAAUGGGAUAUUUCUAGUAAUUUUUGCUUUAGAAAAAUGCCUACAUAAACCUAUGUAUUAUGUCAUCUUAAACCUGGUUGUAAGUGAUAUAUUAUUCAGCACUACUACCUUACCAAAAAUUAUUACUAGGUAUUGGUUCCAAGCUGGUAGUAUUUCAUUUGGCGGUUGCUUCAUUCAAAUGUAUUUUGUGCAUUAUUUUGGUUCAGUCAAUGCUUUUAUCCUGGCAAUAAUGGCCUUUGAUCGGUAUGUAGCCAUCUGUAAUCCUCUAAGAUAUCCUAAUAUACUCACAAAAUCGAACAUUUUCUAUCUUUGUCUCAUUGUAUGGGUGCAAGGACAUGCAUCCUCUUUAAUGAUGGCAAUAAGGGCAUACCCUCUGCCUUACUGUGCAGAAAACACCAUUAUGCACUGUUACUGUGAUCAUAUUUCUAUCACAUCACUUGCAUGCACUAACAGGGCACUGUACAGUGUUCCAGCCUUUGUAUUUGCUAUGGUUGUGUUGCUCAGUCCUCUGACUUUCAUUGUUUUCUCUUAUUGCACCAUCAUUGUGGUAGUUCUGCGUAUAUCGAGCGCUCAAGGAAGAAUGAAGACUUUCUCCACCUGCAGUCCUCAGCUCAUCAUAAUAGCUCUCUAUUUUCUACCCAGGUGUUUUAUUUAUUUGGCUGGCAAUAUUGGUAUCAACUUCAGCACUGAUUUACGAUUAGUCAUUAUUAUGAUGUAUAGUCUGUUUCCACCCAUGAUCAACCCCCUCAUAUACUGUUUAAGGACAAAAGAUGUCAAGGAAAGCUUACUUAAAAGGCUAAAAUUUUCAAAAAAUCCCCAAAUUAAUCCAACAAAAGUUAAUGUAUCCACUGUGUGUACAUAAAUUAUUACAGCAGUCAUACAUUAGAAAAAACUUCAAAAACAAAAUAGUAUUCUUUGAAUGUCAUGCAGCAUACUGAACUAGAGCAACUGUAAGAACAUA